AUUCAAGAGGCUGCUGCUUUUCUCCAUGCCCUUCUUGGAUUUUCUGGAUUUUUGAAAACCCAGUGGCCCAGGAGGAGGAGGAAGGAGGAAGGAGCAGAUCUGCAGAGGAAUGUGAGAGCAGCCUGGAGGAGCUGAGAGCCAGAGCUGCCUCGGUUUCUGAAACGGUGGUUUUUGAGUGAUUCUCUUCUGUUUUAGAACAUUGUUCCAGUGGAAAGUGUCAAACAAAUUCUUGCCCUCUUAAAGCUGAUUUCUCCAGUUCACUUGACUUUUCUUCUGGGAGGGGAAGAAAGGAGAGACUACAUGGACAUGAUCUCUCCCUGCUCACAGGAGUGUGCCGGAGACCUAAUAAUAAUAGGCAGUUAAUGGGCCUCGGACAUUGCUUUGAGUAGUGGGAGGCUGGACAGCAUCUGUGGGUAGUAAACCCCAGUUUAGGGGCCAAGAGACUGAGUUGCUGUGACAGGCCUUGAGCUGCUAGUGCAUUCCCAGUUCUGGGCAGGACGCUGUCCUCUUCUCUCUCUACCACUGGCCCAGCCAUGGCACUGAAAGGGCGAGCCCUCUAUGACUUCCGCAGCGAGAACAAGGAGGAGAUCAGCAUCCAUCAGGAUGAGGACCUGGUCAUCUUCAGUGAGACCUCGCUGGAUGGCUGGCUGCAGGGCCAGAACAGCCGCGGGGAGACAGGGCUCUUCCCUGCCUCUUACGUGGAGAUCAUCCGGUCUGGUGCCAGCCCCAACCAUGCCGACUACUCCAGCAGCCCAGGCUCUCUGGGCACCCAGGUGAGCUUGUGUGACAGCUCCGGUGUGGCCAGCCCUUCCAGGAGUGGUGGGGUCAGUGGCUUCCUCUCACACCAGGGCAGCUUUGAGGAGGAUGAUGACGAUGACUGGGAUGACUGGGACGAUGGAAGCACCGUGGUAGAGGAGCCUCGGGUUGGUGGGCUGGGCACCAACGGGCACCCCCCUCUCAACCUCUCCUAUCCUGGUGCCUACCCCAGCCAGCACAUGGCCUUUCGGCCCAAGCCAGCCCUGGAGCGGCAGGACAGCCUGGCGUCUGCCAAGCGUGGCAGCGUGGUGGGACGCAACCUCAACCGUUUCUCGUGCUUCGUGCGCUCUGGAGUGGAGGCCUUUAUCUUGGGUGAUGUGCCCAUGAUGGCCAAGAUCGCCGAGACGUACUCCAUUGAAAUGGGCCCUCGUGGGCCCCAGUGGAAGGCCAACCCCCACCCGUUUGCCUGUUCCGUGGAGGACCCCACCAAACAGACCAAGUUCAAGGGCAUCAAAAGCUACAUCUCCUACAAGCUCACACCGACCCAUGCCGGCUCGCCAGUCUACCGGCGCUACAAACACUUUGACUGGCUCUAUAACCGCCUGUUGCACAAGUUCACUGUCAUCUCGGUGCCCCACCUGCCGGAGAAGCAGGCCACAGGACGCUUCGAGGAGGACUUUAUUGAGAAGCGGAAGCGUCGACUCAUUCUCUGGAUGGACCACAUGACCAGCCACCCCGUGCUGUCCCAGUAUGAGGGCUUCCAGCAUUUCCUCAGCUGCCUGGAUGACAAGCAGUGGAAGAUGGGCAAGCGCCGGGCGGAGAAGGAUGAGAUGGUGGGUGCCAGCUUCCUGCUCACCUUCCAGAUCCCCACAGAGCACCAGGACCUGCAGGACGUGGAGGACCGUGUGGACACCUUCAAGGCCUUCAGCAAGAAGAUGGACGACAGCGUCCUGCAGCUCAGCACCGUGGCUUCGGAACUGGUGCGCAAGCAUGUGGGGGGCUUCCGCAAGGAGUUCCAGAAGCUGGGCAGUGCUUUCCAGGCCAUCAGCCAUGCCUUCCAGAUGGACCCCCCAUUUAGCUCUGAGGCCCUCAACAGCGCCAUUUCUCACACGGGCCGCACCUAUGAAGCUGUCGGUGAGAUGUUUGCCGAGCAGCCCAAAAACGACCUCUUCCAGAUGCUUGACACGCUCUCCCUCUACCAGGGCCUGCUCUCAAACUUCCCUGAUAUCAUUCACCUGCAGAAAGGCGCCUUCGCCAAGGUGAAGGAGAGCCAACGCAUGAGUGACGAGGGCCGCAUGGCGCAGGACGAGGCCGAUGGCAUUCGCAGGCGCUGCCGCGUGGUGGGCUUCGCCUUGCAGGCCGAAAUGAACCACUUCCACCAGCGCCGCGAGCUCGACUUCAAGCACAUGAUGCAGAACUACCUGCGCCAGCAGAUCCUCUUCUACCAGCGGGUGGGCCAGCAGCUGGAGAAGACGCUGCGCAUGUACGACAGCCUCUGACCAUGUGUCCCCAGCCCCCGCCCUGCGCCUCGGCCUGGUCGCCGCCGUGUGCUCUGCUCACUAGACCCACCUGCUCCAGGAGUGGCUGGGAGGGCUGUGGGGGCUUUGGACGAGUCCUGGGUCCCCCUGUGGAAGUCCCCCAGCUCUUAGAGGUAAGGGGCACAGCAGGGGUGAAUCGGCGUCAGGAACCUUCCAGGCCGAGGCCUGGGCUGUGGGUCAGCGCUUGAGGCUGGACCCCGGCCUUAGCCUCCCCUAGAACCUGCAGUGCUCACUCACCUGGCCACCACCCCCACGCUCGUUCAACAGGCACGGGGUGGCCCUGCUGCGGUCCCCAUGUCAGAUACCAGCUGGGUACCAGGGCUGCGACAUGCCUGCCCUCAGGGAGUCCCCAGGCAAGCUGGGGUCAGACACAGAAACAGACAAGGGCAACGCAGAGUGACUGAUGGUAAAUAAGGACUUCCUGAAAGCUUAAAGAAAGAACCACUCAUUCUGCUGGUCAGGGAAGGCUCCGUAGAGUAAGUGACAUUUGAGUAGUGUUUUGGAGAAUGACAAGGACCUGGCAGACAGUAGAUGGAGCCAAGGGUGGAGGGGACAUUCAGAAGAGAAGAAUAGCAUGGGCAAAGGUGUGAAGACAUGAAGACACCCCUCUUCUCUCCCUUACUUUUCCCCAGUAAGUUUGGUGCCCCUUGGUGGGGAUUUUGGCCUUUGUGACAGAGGGAAGGGCUCUUCCUCCCAUGUCGCUGUCCCUGCCUCACUUUGUUCCCUUAGGAGGAGCUGCAGGCCAACUCCCUCCUGACUCCCCUCCACCUCCUGAGCCUCCAUUAGCCCUUGGUUAGGGGACCAUGAAGCAUCUUUUCCCUGAGCUCAAGGUGCUGAGACAAGCCAUUGACCCCAGGACCUUGGUGGCACCUUCGUGGAGAGGACACCCAAAAGUUACCAGAUAUUUGAGUUCACCAGCAACAGCUCUCCACAUUCUGAGCAGGCGCAGGCCCCAGUGAAUCCCAGAAUCCUUCCUAUUGCACAGAGGGAAGGCCAAGGGGAAAAAUACAGGGGCCGGCUUGCCCACUGCCCCAGAAGUCCUGGGCCCACGCGCCUAUGGCCAGCCUCACUGUGAUUUCAGCCCCGGCUCCCUCCCCAGCCAGGUUGUGCUGUCUCCCACCCAUGUUUACAUCCUCAAGGGGGCUAUUCCCUUCUCCCAGGCCAGGGUGUGGGCCAUCAGGAUUGGGGGAACUGACAGGUGCCACUGCUGGCCUCCCCAGGAGGUCAUGGCCACUUCUGGCUCCUGUUGCUUGAAUCUUUUUUUCUUUCUUGUUUUCUUGAUAAACCUUUUGCAAUUAAGACAACAAAA